GGCGGGCCUCAGUCAGUCCGUGAGCGGUACCUACGCCUUCAAGGUCCGUGUCCUUGAAGCCGACACGCUCGUCUCGAUCUAUCGGAGAACGUUGCCUCUCAGGGCGGCCGCGAGCGCUGUUUCUUCGUCUCGGUUUCUUCCUUUUCCGGAAGUGGUGCUGGGAAAACUCGCGAGCUCCUCGUUCGAACGCUCCAGCAAGGUUCUUCUCCCCUCUCCCUCCCCCACCACUCACUAUCCCGUCGUCGAUCGAGACAGACGAGUGAGAGACGCACCGGGCCAAGUCAAACGCCGUGGAUAAAUCGGAGUCUCGUGAAACACGAAAACGUUCAUCGGGAACCGGAAGCGCCGUUCCUUUCGUUGGACGAGGAUGAGGUCCUCGCUGGUGCUGCUGUGCCUGGCAGCCAUCGUUCUCGCCGAAGGGACCAACCGCGUGAAGCGACAAGAGGAUAAAAAGGAGGAGAGCUUCGAGAACGAGAUCUGCAAGGACAAGGAUGCGGGCGAAUGGUUCAGAUUGGUGGCAGGAGAGGGUGACAACUGUCGCGACGUGAUUCAGUGCACCAGCUCCGGUCUCCAGGCAAUCAGGUGUCCCGCGGGACUGUACUUUGACAUCGAUAAACAGACCUGCGACUGGAAAGAUUCCGUGAACAACUGUAAACUGAAGAACAAAGAAAGAAAGGCGAAGCCUCUGCUCUACACCGAGGAACCACUCUGUCAAGAUGGCUUCCUCGCUUGCGGCGACGGCUCUUGCAUCGAGAGAGGCCUCUUCUGCAACGGGGAGAAGGAUUGUGCGGACGGAUCUGAUGAAAACAUUUGCGAUAUGGACAACGACCCGAACAGGGCGCCACCCUGUGACCCCACGGUUUGCGUCCUUCCCGAUUGCUUCUGUUCCGAGGACGGUACCACGAUCCCCGGCGAUCUACCUUUCAAGGACGUACCGCAGAUGAUCACGAUCACGUUCGAUGACGCCAUCAACAACAACAAUAUCGGCCUGUACAAAGAGAUCUUCAACGCGAAACGCAAGAACCCGAACGGUUGCGAAAUCAAGGCCACCUUCUUCGUCUCUCACAAGUACACCAACUACUCGGCUGUCCAGGAAAUGCACAGGAAAGGACACGAGAUCGCCGUUCACUCCAUCUCUCACAACGACGACGAACGUUUCUGGUCGGACGCGACAGUGGACGACUGGGCUAAAGAAAUGGCUGGCAUGAGGAUCAUCGCGGAGAAGUUCGCUAAUUUGACGGACAACAGCGUGGUCGGUGUUAGGGCACCGUACCUCAGAGUCGGUGGUAACAAUCAGUUCACGAUGAUGGAAGAACAGGCAUUCCUCUACGAUUCUACCAUCACCGCGGCCUUGAACAACCCGCCGCUAUGGCCUUACACGAUGUACUUCAGAAUGCCGCAUCGUUGCCACGGGAAUCUUCAACACUGUCCUACGAGGUCGCACGCAGUCUGGGAGAUGGUGAUGAACGAGUUGGAUCGCCGCGAAGAUCCACAGAACGACGAGUACCUGCCCGGCUGCGCGAUGGUGGACUCUUGCAGCAACAUCUUGACCGGCGACCAAUUCUACAAUUUCCUGAACCACAACUUCGACCGGCACUACGAGCAAAAUCGCGCGCCCCUGGGUCUCUACUUCCACGCGGCCUGGCUGAAGAACAACCCCGAGUUCCUAGACGCGUUCCUCUAUUGGAUCGACGAGAUCUUGUCCAAUCACAACGACGUUUACUUCGUGACGAUGACCCAAGUGAUCCAGUGGAUCCAGAAUCCUCGUACGAUAACGGAAUCGAAGAGUUUCGAGCCGUGGAAGGAGAAGUGCGUGGUCGACGGACCUCCCGCUUGCUGGGUACCUCACACCUGCAAACUGACGUCGAAAGAGGUACCUGGAGAGACCAUCAACCUUCAGACCUGCGUGCGUUGCCCCAACAACUACCCAUGGGUGAACGAUCCGACCGGUGACGGGUUCUUCUAAAUCCGCCGAGUCGCAUUCCUCUUUCUCGUCUAAGUCAAAUCCUUUGAUUCUUCUCUUGCCUGUCGUUUUGGGCGUUCACCUUUGAUCACCUUCCUCUCUAUCCUAAUCCCCGCUUCCUCAGCUCCGUCCUACCAUUGGUCGAUCAUCCUUCACGAGUUUCACGGUGGACGUGGGGUCGCCGGCGACGUUUUCGAUCGGGGAACACGGCCGGGAGAGCUUCGAAGAAUAUUGCUUCCGUCGCGACACAAAGUGUAGUCGUAUAAAGAUUUGGACGAAGCCUUUCGGUAGACUGUUUUCAGAGAAACACGAAGAGAGCAGUCAAAGACGUGAUCGCUGAUAAAGUGGAGAAUCGAGCUUCUGCCGAUCGGCACGCCGAUCGAAAACCGUCCAUCACGUCACCAACGAUCUGUGAUAACAUUCCGAGCGGCUCGAGAUUCAGCGACCAGGACGACGAACGACGAGACGAACGAAAUAUAUUGUAUUUUUCCUUUUCCUCUCUUUUCUCUCCCAAGACCACGAACGAUUUCUCCCCGGCCUCCACGAAGCCUGACCUGGAGAGAAACGACGCGAUCACAGCGCGAAGAAAGAAGAAGAAAACAAAAA